UAAUUUCAAAGAUAUAAGAGCUUAUUUCUAAAAUGAAAGGCAAUCACAUCAUCCCUCGAAGAUUACAAUGCAGCGACCUUGCAUGCAAACAACACAGAUUUUACUUCUGCAGAGACCAUCAAGUCUAUUCUUGUAAAGGAUGAGUCAGCAAAAUGCACUACAAAUGUCAAAUUGCCAUCAUCCAAGAUCUCAUCGAUCUCAGAACUGAUGUAAAGGAAGUCCAGAAAUUAGUAAUUAGGUUUCAGGAACUGGCAACGGAGAAUGGGUUGGAAGUUUAUCUUCCGAACAUUGACAGUGUCAUCAAAGAUUACCUGGAAGACUUGAUUGAAAUUGAAAGAAAAAUAGAUGAAGCCAUUGCUCGUGAUCACCAUGAACAAUUUGACACUCUCAGAUCCCAGAUAAGAGAGUACGUCUCCAAAAAUCUUCAAAUAUACACCCUCCAGCUAAGUGCAUUUUAUCAGCUCACAUUGGCAUAUAGGAUACAGAACCGUAUGGCAGAUGAGCAAGUUAUCAAAGAUAUUUUGUUCCUGUCCACCACCAGAGAUGCGAGUAGAUAUGGCCUUCCGAGAGUCAGCGAUGAAUUCUCUUCAGCCAUCAAGGUUGAGCAAACAAUUGAUACUGUUGUCAAGCAAAAUGUUAAAUUAAUGGAGAAGAAGUUAGAAAAAGAAGUCAGAGAAAUUGAACAGCAAUGCAAAGACAGACUCUCAGAAGAGUUCAAAGAGCGUAUUCAGGAGUUGAAGGAACAGAAAGAGUCUCAAGAUAUCGAAAUAGAAGAACAGAAACUAGCGACAGAGCAGGUGUUAAGACAAGCCCAAGAUAUGUUGAAACAAAAACAAGAAGCCUUCGCUGAGAAUCAGGUUCUACAGGAUCAGAAGGCGCAACUUGAAAGAGAGUUAUCACAGAAAGUUGAGGAGAUUAAGCAAGCUAAAGAUCAAAACAAGAAAUAUCAGGAAGAAAUUUCCAAAAUGAUUGAAGAAAUCAAAGAAAAUACAAGUUAUGUAGUCGAGUCUAAAGAUACGAUCAGAGAUCGUAUCAAAAGUACUCACAAAGACUUCGACCUUGAUUCUACAAAACUUGAACUCAACAUGAAAGAAGAAAAGACAAAGAAACUAGUGAAAGCAAUGGAAGAGAGCAAGUAUUCCCUUGGAGACAUGCACAAGCUGAAGAUCGACAGAAUGGUCAAUGGAGAUACUUCCCUCAACAAGUUCAUGACUUACUCUUCUCCUUUCUCUCUCAAACUCUUUGUCUUCAACCAUAGUUAUCCAGGCUAUGGAGACAAAGCAGUGAGAAUAAAAUUCUACCUGGAAGGCCUAAAGGAGAUUAUUCCGAAAGUCACCAAGGAAGUUUACCUGGAAUGCUUGGUGGUCGACGACACUGAUCUGAGUCGAAUAGUCACGUGGGCUUCCAAUGCAGAGAGGCUGACAAUUAGAUGAAGCAAAAUUUCAACUUCAGCCUCUCUUGAUUUCUCAACUCCAAGCAAAGCUAAGCUCAAGUACCUCAGUUUUUUCAACUGAGGGAACCGCUGGUGCAAUAUGAGGUGGGACGAGUCUCCUGAAAAGUUCGAACAGAUCAUCGUCGCAAUCAAAAACUCUUCUCUCAAGGACUCCCUCACCCAGGUCAAUGUAAGCGGCUGAAAGAUAUCAACUUCGAAGGUUUCUGAACUACUGAAUUCGCAUUGACUGUCUCACAUCAGUGUAAUUGAUGAAGAAAACAAGCCCUUAGCUGAUUAAUUGGUUUCGAGUUGGGAUCAGAGUCUGAGAGGAGAAGGCACAACUCUAAUAUUGCA